AUGGCUAAAAACGUGCUCGGAGACUCCAAAUUUAGUCGAUUUACAAAGUUAAAUUCUGACGAGACGUCCAGUUUGAGUCCACUGGUGACCCUGGAGGUGGAGACCAAAGGCGCGUGCGCACUGCAGUGUCACCAAGACGCCAGCUGCAAGGUUAUUGCAGUUGGGCCUGCGACAAAGUUUGGUGUUUCAUGUAGCCUGUAUAGCAAGUACAGAGAGAUAGAAGGACAUAUUAUUUACACGGACAAUACGUAUUUUGCUAAGGUUGCUUCCGAUUGUAGCGAUGAACCGGGGUACAAUGGGUUAAUGAAAAUUUCACCUCCUGGUUUUAACGGCGCCCCUGUAACCGUAUGGUGUUCUUUCGGAUGGACUUACAUCCAGAGGCGGACAGGACCCGAGCUGAACUUUGACCGCACUUGGGACGAAUACCGCGCAGGCUUCGGUUUUAACCAAGGGGACCACUGGGUCGGCAACGAACUCGUCCAUGCGAUCACAUACGGCAAAUCCUACCGACUGAAAGUCCGCCUUGAUUCAUACAACAACAACACCUACUACAUCACGUACGACGACUUUUAUCUCGAAAGCGAAGACCAAAACUACGCGCUGAACUUGGAUCCAAAUACUUUCGUCGGGAGCAUCGGCGAUAGUUUCGCACCCAAUGUAGGGCAACCGUUCACGACGUUGGACAGGAACAACGCAGGGAAUAGUUGUGUGGGGACAGCUUUAGGGGGGUGGUGGUACAUUGGGUGUGGUUAUGUCAUGCUAACAGCCCGAUAUCCGGACGACCCGUAUUGUGCAUCCAUUCCACUGAAAUGUUUCAAGUAUUCUGGGAUCACUAAUAAUAACUGUGAUACCGGGUGCUUGUUACGAGGCUCUGUCAUGAUGAUAAAACCGGUAUAA